GACAUGCUGAGCAAAGGCCAGAGCUCCAGAAGAAAACAAGUGCAGCCUCAGAGUAAAGUUGCCCUGGUCCCGACUGUGACUCCCACGGUCUCCGUGGGGUCUGUGUGGUUGGCAAUGGGCUCUAUACUGUCAGCUUUCAUGAGGGAGCUCCCUGGUUGGUUCCUGUUCUCUGGGGUUUUCCUCCCUGUGACUUUGCUGCUGCUCCUCCUCAUCGCCUACUUCAGGAUCAAACUGAUUGAGGUUAAUGAAGAACUGUCCCAGACUUGUGAUCGCCAAUAUAAUCCCAAGGAUGGCUCUUCCCUGUACCGGAGAAUGAAAUGGACGUGACAUUGGGGACUUUCCAAUAACUAAAGCACAAUGAGUUUCUACUGGUCAGCAAGCAACGUUCAACAGUUCAGCUAAUAAAAUAGGUUGAUAAACUAGAACCAUAGCAAAAUAGAAAGAAUACUAAGAUACUCGUUCUGAACCUUAUUGAAAAGUGGCAGCUAUUAUCCGAGAGGACUUCUCAGAGACUCAGUAAAACAGCAGCUCUUGAAAAGUACCAAGAAGAGAUUUCCUGGGUAUAUACACUGGACACAUUGUAACUUUUUAACUUUUAUUGUGACUGUGUCUGCUCUAAAGGGCAUAUUUAAAAAAUAAAAUUCUGCAGCACCUUACUACAUAA